AUGCACUAAGAUUUGAACUACACUAUUGAAAUUAUGGAGAUUGAGAAAUUAAAAUUGUAUGAACAAAUUGAUUAUUUAUAAUAACAUAUCUAACAAUUGACUAAUGAAUAUAGUGAUAAGAUAUUAGAAAAAGAUGAAGAAUUAGUUACAGCAUUUAUUAAAAUGCAAUAAACAGAAAAACUCAAUAAUGAAUUACUUUUUAAAUUACAAUCAACUAAAAAAAGUGAGGAAUAACUUAAUAAUGCAAAUUAUAAUUUUAUCACUUUACAAAAGAAAUUAGAUCAUUAAAUUUAAGAAAAUUAAAAACUAGAAUAAAGAGUUAAAUUAUUAACAGAAUAGAGUAUGCAAUUUCAAUAAAAAUGGUAAAGAGUUUCUUUGUAAUUAAAAUAAUUUACUACUCAAAAAGUAAGUGCUAGAACAAUAGAAUAAUAAUUAAGUCUCAAACAAGAAGAAUGUUAGUAACUUAAAGAAAAACUAGUGCAAUAUCAAUUAGAAUUAACGAUAAUGAAAUAAAGUGAUUAAGAGUAUAAAUAAUCUGUUCAUUAAAAAAUGCAAGCACUCUAUUAAGAAUUAAAAGAUUCAUAAUAGAAAUUAUAAUAAAAUUAAUAUCUCUCUUAAUAACAAAAAUAAGAUUGUUAGUAAUGCGAGUAUUUAAGAAAUGAAACUGAAUAAUUGAAAUAAAUUAUAAACCAAGAUCAUAUUUCAUAAGAAUAAAAUAGAAUUAAUAUAUAAAUUGUACUAUAUUUUAUUUUAUCCAUAGAAUUAAUAAUAAUAAUAGUAAUUGAAAGAGUACUAAAACAGACUAAUGGAGUUAGAAUUUGAAAAUUAAAACUUAAAAUAAUAAAUUCAAUUACCAGAAUAUAUCAAUAAUAUCAAAAGUAAAGAAUGCUUAAAUAUUAAAUCUAUUAUGAAUCAUCCUUUGUACAUUAAAAUGAUGAAAUUAGUUGAGCAAUUGAAUAAUCCGACUCAACAAGAAUUAUUUAGAAAGUCCUUACAUGAAUUAGGAUUGGAAAUUUAAUAACGAGAAAAUAAAGAAUAAUAACUAUAAGAAUGUAGAACUAUGUAUGAUAGAUUAUUAAUUAAAUACUAUGCAUUACAAAAGAGUAUCAAUAAAAUUGAAGAAAAUACUAAUCUCAAUUAUUAUGCAACUCAGUAAAUUACGUCAUCAAAACAAUAAACUUAAUAAAAGAAGACUAAUUAAUUAGAUUCUUUUUUAUAAGAAUAAGAAACUACUAAAUAAAUGAAAUAAUCAAUAUUCUCAAACACACCAAAGUAGAGAGUAAAUAACAAACUAAAUUUAAGUUUAGAUAGUUGUUAAUUUAAAAAAUGA